CGACGACGAACAUGAAGCGUCUAUUAUUCCACUUCUCUUCUUUCUAUAGCCACUUGUUCAGCCUAUCCCAUGUUCUCCAAUCCCUCAAAUCCUAGGCCAGUGCUUUGUGGUGUGUAGCAACGCCAGCAUGGCGGUCCAAUCCAAGGUCCAUUCUUCCGCCGCCAAAUCCGAACGAGCGUUCUCCAGGAUUGCACAAGCGUUGGGCAAUAAAUACCUCAAGAACCGGACUCGAAUAUCGCGGACUGUAUUCCUUACUCUCUUCAUCGCGCUCACAUAUCGUAUUCGAAAUGCCAUAUCGGAGCAGAAGGCCGCGUCGACGCGCCCAGCCGAGGGUUCCUUGAGCGCGGGAACCGGCGCUGGGGCGGGUGAAGCCACGCAGCGGAAGCGCGUGGAAAUAAACCUCGAGUUCUUUAAGAACUUGUUGCGAUUGUUGAAGAUAGUGAUACCCGGUUGGAAGAGCAAGGAGUUGCGGUUGUUGAUCAGUCACAGUAUCUUCCUGGUGCUUCGGACACUGCUGAGCUUAUAUGUGGCUGAGUUGGAUGGGAAGAUUGUUAGCAGUAUUGUUCGGGGGAAGGGGAAGGAGUUCUUGAAGGGACUGGUUUGGUGGAUGGUGGUUUCGGUUCCUUCGACGUUUACAAAUGCCAUGCUCUCCUACCACCAGUGCAAGCUAUCCCUCCAAUACCGAACCCGCCUCACGAACUACAUUCAUAAUAAAUACCUCUCGAAUAUGACCUUCUACUCCCUCUCUGCGCUCGAUGACCGAAUCAAGAACGCCGAUCAACUCAUAACCGUGGAUGUGACGAAGUUCUCAAACAGUCUCGCGGAGCUGUACUCGAAUCUUGCCAAACCGGUUCUUGACAUGGUCAUAUACAACUACUCCUUGUCGAAGUCGGUCGGCGGCGAAGGCCUGUUUUCCAUGUCUCUAAUAGUCCAGCUAACAGCGAACCUCAUGCGAACACUUACUCCGCCCUUUGGGAAGUACGUUGCCGAAGAGGCACGGCUCGAAGGCGAAUUCCGAUUCCAACACUCAAGAUUAAUAGACUACAGCGAGGAGAUCGCGUUGUAUCAUGGCCAGGAGGCGGAAAAGGAUACAUUGGACAAGGGCUAUUUCACAUUGAUCAAGCACGUCAAUCGGAUAUUACGGCGCCGGUUCUACCACGGAUUUAUGGAAGACUUUGUCAUUAAGUACUUCUGGGGCGCGAUGGGUCUAAUGCUUUGCAGCGUUCCUGUCUUUUUCCAGGUCCCCGGCGUCACGGGUACCACACUCGGUGACAGGACAGAGAAUUUCGUGACGAACAGGCGCAUGCUGUUGUCUUCUUCGGACGCAUUUGGACGGUUAAUGUUCUCAUACAAGGAAAUCACGGAGCUGGCGGGAUUCACUUCACGCGUCUCAACAUUGCUUGAUGUCAUCGAAGACAUUCAACGAGGUCAUUUCGAGAAGAAGCUCGUCUCUUCGGCGAGCACAGAGGAACACGCUGCCGUAUUGAGGGAAAGAGGCGAGGUUGCCGAAGGUCCCGACAUCGAAUUCAUUGACGUACCCAUCGUCUCACCAAACGGCGAUGUCUUGGUGCCAGCACUCAGCUUUACUGUCACGCCCGGCGAGCAUUUGCUCAUUGUCGGACCAAACGGCUGUGGCAAGUCCUCGCUGUUCCGCAUCCUGGGUGGGCUCUGGCCAGUAUAUGGCGGCAAAGUCCGGAAACCUCCGUUCGAAGACAUCUUCUACAUCCCGCAGCGGCCAUACCUUUCGCGAGGCACUCUCCGGCAACAGGUCAUCUACCCGGACGGCGUCCGCGAAAUGCGUACCAAGGGCAUCACUGAUGCCGAUCUCUAUCGCAUCCUAUCGAUUGUGGAAAUCGAAUCCGUCGUCGAUCGCCAAGGCGGUUGGGACGCCGAGCAAGAAUGGGCGGAUGUCCUUUCCGGCGGCCUCCAGCAGCGGAUUGCCAUGGCGCGGUUAUUCUACCACGCGCCGAAGUACGCGAUCCUGGACGAAUGCACGAGCAGCGUCACGCUGGAGAUCGAGAAGGUCAUGUACGAGACUGCGAAGUCGCUCGGCAUCACGUUGAUGACGGUCAGCCAUCGACGAAGCCUGUGGCAGUACCAUACGAAUAUUUUGCAGUUCGAUGGACAGGGUCAUUUCAUUUUCACCAAACUGGAUGCGGAGAGGCGGCUAAAACUGGAAGAUGAGAAGGAGGAGCUGGAUUUGCAGCUGCGGGCUGUUCCAGAAAUCGAGAAACGCAUCCAAGAACUGUCCUAUGUUUAGGCCAAUAGAAAGGCUUUGUAGCCUCCGAGCUCGUUUGAAGGAUAGCGGUGCCUCCCAAGAGGCAUUUGGUUCCUUCGACAUUCUCAGCGCUGCGCAAAGUUGCACUGGCAGAGGGAGUAUGGUCUCAACCACUCUCCCAGGUGCGACAUUUACGGCAUAUCCAUGACGUUCAAGUAGAACAGCGCGAGCAGCGUCUGAUAAACCGGCCACGAUAACACUGUCCGGGGUUGGGGGUGUGCAUGAGCACAAUAGACCGGCGGAUCUGUUCCUGCUUCUCCUGCAAUUGAGAGGUACUCGACGCGGUGUAUAGUAUCUUCGAGGCUAUUAUGUCCUAGCUUUUCUUGUCUCUUAGAGCAGACCACAUAGAAUCGACAAUCUGAAAUACC